AAUAAUAUCCAAUAAAUAUAUACAGUAUAUACAGUAUAUCUGCCUUUCAUUUAAUAGUUGUGAGUAAGAGCUCAGCCAUAAAAUGUCGUCAAAAGGAAAACAACCGCCCGCUGAUGGAGGCGAGUCRGGACAGGGAGGUGAUGGCAAACAAAAUCCACAAUUGGCUGCCUCGUCGAGACGUAUGCAACAAACCCAGGCACAGGUAGACGAAGUUACCGAAAUAAUGAGAGUGAAUGUCGAAAAAGUGUUGGAAAGGGAUAACAUGAUAUCACAGCUGGACGAGAGGGCUGAUGCACUGAAAGAGGGGGCCGAGAUGUUUGAAAAACAAGCCGGUGCUCUCAAGUCGAAGUUUUGGUGGAAAAAUAUGAAAAUGAUUGCCGUUAUGGCCGGCAUCGGACUGGUACUAGUGCUGGUGAUAUUUGCCUGGAUGUCCAGCAAAUAAUGCCUAUGCAUUUUGUUGUUGUUAUUGUCGUUUUUUAUUAUUAUUAUUAUUWUUA